AUGACGCCGGGGGGGCUUCUCACCCACGGGCUUGUCCUAGUCGGCCAUUCCAUGGGUGCUAAAGUCGCCUUGGCAACUCUGGCCAACUUGCCAGAGACUCUACUGAAGCUGGCUAAAGGGCUUGUGCUGAUUGCGCCCUCGCCUCCGUCUGCGCUGCACUUGCCUGCGGAGAUGAAGGAGCAGCAGCGGGGCGCGUAUAGUUCGGAGGAGUCUGUACGCUUUACGUUAGGUAAUAUCUUAUCGAGUUUCACCUUGCUUGAUGAGGAUGAUAUCCGGUGUGGUGUCCGGGAUAGUCUGAGUGGUAAUGAGUUGGCGAAGAAGGCGUGGCCUGCCUAUGGUAUGGAGGAGGAUAUCUCGUCUGAAGUGAAGACAGUUCUAAAGGCUGUGGUGGCGUCUGAUCCGGGCUUCAAGGCCGUCGUUCUAAUUGGAGAUGGUGACAUCGUUGAGACAAAAGAGAAGGUCGAGGCUGAAGUCGUUCAGGUUCUGGUGGACAGUGGAGUCCAGACGUCUGUGAAGGUCGUCCAGAAUGUGAGGCAUCUACUUCCGUUGGAAGCACCCCGCGCGGUCCAGGAAGUGAUUAGCAAGUUUUGA